AUGACUGACUCUCCCACCCCAAAGUCACAACACAUCGCGCACACCCUGCUCGCCCGCGCCCAUUCCCCCGACACCGCAGCACAACAAUUCACCGAGCGCAUAAAGCAAAAACCACUCUUCCUCCGUCCAACCUCCCCCUCCGCCCAAGACAACAGAUCCAGACGCCGACUUCAACGUCUCCGCAAGAAAGACUACUUUAUCCGCCAUCAGCGCCCGCAGCCUCUCUCUGCUCGCGAAAAGCGUACCUCGGGCCUCUACGAUCUGCCCAAAGAUGAAUGCAAGCAUGCUAUUUUCAAGGGACUGCAUGCGAUCUGGAUUGGAUACAUGCAGGAUAUCUUGGAUCUAAAGGCCGAGGGCAAGAGUGGAGUUGUGACGCCGUUUUCGCAUGGUGCGAAGCUCGUCAGUGCUGAUUUCCACGGGGCGGAGGUCGAGGUUGUGAAGAGUCGAUGCGCUAGUCGCGUUGGUGUGAAGGGAAUCGUGGCGCGGGACACGAAGUUUACAUUCGAAAUUGUCACGGAGGCGGAUGAAGUGAAGACAAUACCAAAGGAGCACUCUAUCUUCCGGUUUGAAGUUCCAUUCCCGGCCUCGAUGGCAUCGGGAUCAGAUUCCGCUGCUGCAGGUCAGCAGCAGCAAAAGCAACAAGGACCUAAGCCGCUGGUCUUCGAGCUGCACGGCAGCCAAUUUGAGAACCGAGCCACGGACCGGGCGAAUAAGAAGUUCAAAUGGAAGAACAUCGACUAUCUAUGA